GAAUGUAGCCAGAGAUCCAGGCCACCAGGGUAUGGGAGGUGGGCAGGGUCAGAGCCCCAUCAAACCAGUAAUGUAAUUUGAUGAAGUUAAGAUUUCUAAAUGGUGUAGGAAGACAGCAGGAAAGCUGAAAUGGCUAAAGUUCUGCGCAGAGAACAGAGAGGUGACUCAGAAGUGAAGCAGCUUCCCAGCCACCCGCCUCAACAAGACCAAAUGACGCAAACGGGCUGGGAAAAGAGCGCACACUACCUGGUGGAAGCUUGGGCCCCGGCGCCCGCCGUAGAUGUCGUGACAAAGCCAGCGCGUUGCCUUGGUGCCCAUAAGACGCCGCCGGGCAGCCACUGUGGAUUUCAUCGGCGGGCUCCUUCGGUCACCAUGUCUGUGCUGGACGUGUUGUGGGAGGACCGAGACGUGCGCUUCGACGUGUCCUCGCAACAGAUGAAAACAAGACCGGGGGAAGUCCUUAUUGAUUGUUUAGAUUCGAUUGAAGACACAAAAGGAAACAAUGGAGACAGAGGUAGACUCUUAGUCACAAACUUAAGGAUCAUCUGGCAUUCCUUGGCAUUGCCCAGAGUCAAUCUUUCUAUUGGUUACAACUGCAUAUUGAAUAUCACAACAAGAACUGCUAACUCUAAACUACGAGGCCAAACCGAAGCUCUUUAUAUAUUGACAAAAUGCAACACUACCCGGUUUGAGUUUAUAUUCACAAACCUGGUUCCCGGGAGCCCCAGACUUUUUACUUCUGUGAUCGCAGUGCACAGAGCAUAUGAAACUUCUAAAAUGUACCGUGACUUUAAGUUGAGAAGUGCAGUCAUUCAGAACAAGCAGCUGAGGUUACUACCACAGGAGCAUGUGUAUGAUAAGAUCAACGGCGUGUGGAAUCUAUCCAGCGACCAGGGGAAUUUAGGAACUUUUUUUAUUACCAAUGUGAGAAUUGUGUGGCAUGCCAAUAUGAAUGACAGUUUUAAUGUCAGCAUACCAUAUCUGCAAAUUCGUUCAAUAAAGAUCAGAGAUUCAAAAUUUGGUUUGGCGCUUGUCAUAGAAAGCUCUCAGCAGAGUGGAGGAUACGUUCUUGGCUUUAAAAUAGACCCUGUGGAAAAACUACAGGAAUCAGUUAAAGAGAUCAACUCACUUCACAAAGUCUAUUCUGCCAGUCCGAUAUUUGGAGUGAAUUAUGAAAUGGAAGAAAAGCCACAGCCACUUGAAGCUCUGACUGUUGAACAAAUUCAAGAUGAUGUGGAAAUAGACUCUGAUGACCACACAGAUGCCUUUGUGGCUUAUUUUGCUGAUGGGAAUAAGCAACAAGAUCGUGAACCUGUAUUUUCAGAAGAACUGGGGCUUGCAAUAGAAAAACUGAAGGAUGGAUUCACACUGCAGGGACUGUGGGAAGUGAUGAGCUGAUCUUGAGUUGUUGGAUUCACACUGCAGGGACUUUGGGAUGAGUUAAUCUUGAAUGAGUUGAGCUGGACCUCUAUUUAAAGAUAUCUCAAGAUUAAAAAAUACUGCUUGCCUGCUA